GCCGUGAUAAUGGUAAAAACUAAGAGAUAUUGAAUUAUUGACUAAUGACUAUUGAGAUACAGAAAUUUGAAGAUGAAAUCCUACUGUUAUUAAGAUGUCGUCAACUUGCGUAUUUUGUUCGUGAUUGAAGCUAGACUGCUAGAGUGACACUAUAAUUCUUAUAGAUUUAUCUCCAAUAAUAUAGCCACUUCUAAUUAGAUUAAAUCAAAAACCCUCAAGAUGAUGUAUUAUAAGCUAAUUUGCUUAUUUUGUUCAAUAUUUAGUAGUAUUUACUGUUCUGAUAGUUAUGAUUCAAUAUCUGAUGUUUAUUUAGAACAUGAAUUGAUUCCCAAUGGUGGUUUCACCAAACGCGGUUCUAUUCUUGUCAAUCUGGAGUCUAGGAACGAUGUUGUGUCGAUUUCUACCAUUAGUGACUCAGACAUACAGUUAUUAAAACAAUUAACAUCUAAAAAUGAACUAUACAGAUUAAAAGUUUCUGUAAGAACAUUAUCUGGCAAGGAAACACAUUUUCUCACUUUUACUAGAGCUUGUCUUAUGGUUGCAUCUAAAUUAAAUGAUAUUUUAACAUUACAUUUGGAUCACUUAGACUCUCCAUUUGCAGUUAACUUAGCUACUACAUCUAACAACUGCAAUAGCUUUAGUGAAUUGGACACAAAUAAUAUUACAACUACAGUAUUUUUUAGAAGACCAGAAAGCAGUCCAGUACCCGAUACCGCAACUUAUAUUCAAAAAAUGGAACGUGAACGCGAUGCGAGGGAAAAAGGAAAAUCAAGCAAUAAUAAAUCAAUGCUUGGAAAAUAUUGGAUGUAUAUAUUACCAUUAGUCAUAUUUAUGAUGAUCGCUGGAGCAUCGAAUCCAGAAGCAAGACAGUAAAUAGAAAAAAUAUACUUCUAAGUUUUAUUUAUUUUAUUAUAUUCUUCAAGCAAUUAAUGAGGCUAUUCCAUUAGUUUCUUUAUGUUUGAUAAUUUAAGUUUCAUAAUAUGUACAUUAAGUGAUAUUACUGGGUUUA